UGUACUGAAGUUCUCCAAAAUAGGCUUGUGAUCCUUAUCAAAAUAUUGCAAAUUAUAAUUCUCCAGAUUUUGAAUAUGUCUGUGCCAGCUGCUGAGGACGACACUGGAGACAGUAUUGCUGAGCACGAUUUCAUAGAGUUGAAGAGCUUGAAGGACUUGGAGUCGCUCGAAAAGCAACAACUGCUGCAGUAUGUUGAGAAGCUGCAUGGCAUUAUCCGGAAAAACGACACCAAACUAGCUGCCUAUAAACAAAAACUACUUCACUUCCUGAACCAGAAGGAAAAAAUUCCAUGCGACAAAGCAAACCAAACUACAGAAACGGAUUUCAAUGAAAAUCAGGACUCGCUGCAAAGAGAUGAAGGGACAGACGAAAAAGACAAGCGCAGCGAUUUAUCGGCAACGGACGCCUUCAGUUUUGUGGACGAGAUGCGGCAGGCGGCCAAGCAUGCCGAAAACCUGAACAACUUCGUCUACGAGCCGACCUCCGGCAUGUACUACGAUCCCAAGACGGGUUACUACUAUAACGCGGAGUACGGGUUGUACUACGACGGGAACACCGGCUGCUACUACAGCUACGACCACGGAAAAGACUCGUACGAGUUCCAUUCGCAGGCACAGGUGCAGGCGAACGAGGCGGCCAAGCCGGAGUCCGAGGACGAGCAGGUGGAGUUCGAUGAGUCGGGUGGCGUCAUUACGGACCAGGACACGCUGAAAAAGAUCAAGGCCGAGAAGCAAAAGGCCAAGGAUCGCGCCGAGAAGUCCAAGCGUAAGGCCAAGGGUAAAAAGAAGAGUAAGAAGCAUAGCAAGAAGAAAAGGAAGAAGGAGCACCGCCACAAGUCCAAGAGGCGUCACAGGGAUUCUGGGGAUAAAGAUGGUGGGCAGGGCGAGGAUGCUGAAGAGGGAGAGCUCUCGCAAAGCAGCGAUUCCAGUUCCGAUUCCAGCGAUAAUGAGGAAAGCAGCAGCAACAGUGACAACGAGGACAGCAGCGUUCCUAUUUUUAAGGCCGCCGGACGCUUUCAAGAUAUCGCCAAAAAAUAUCCACCCUCACUUCGCAUUAUUGUCCAGGAGACUAAUGUGGAGACGUUAAAAGUGGGAAGCCUGCAUUUAAUCACCUAUAAAGGUGGCUCAUUGGGGAGGGAAGGAGCUCACGAUGUUAUCAUUCCGGACGUGAACGUGAGCAAGUGCCACCUGAAGUUCAACUACGAGACAAAGUUGGGAAUCUACAAGUGCCACGAUCUGGGCUCCCGCAACGGCACCAUUCUCAAUGGUUCGCCCAUGUCCAGCGACGCUAUGGAUCUGGUACACGGCAGUGUAAUCACCUUAGGCCAAACGAAACUGCUGUGCCACGUGCACGAGGGCAACAGCACUUGCGGGCUGUGCGAACCGGGCCUGCUGAUAGAAACUUCAGCGCCGGUUGUGGCCACAGCUAGUGCAUCCUCCGCUAAUGUAUUAUCCCACAAGGAGCAGCUCAAAAAGCUUCAGCGGAAGUAUGGCCUAGAAAAUGAGAAAUUUGUGGAGUCCAGCAGCAAUGGUCAAUCCAAUUACAAUGAUCGCGCUGCAACGAGGCGUGUCAAAGUUGGCAGCAGCACAGAUAAGGAAAAGACGGAAGUUGCCUGUGUGAACACUGAGAUUGGCAGCUCCAACAAGGGUUUUAAAAUGCUUAGCAAACUGGGUUGGCAAAAAGGUGAUACUCUGGGCAAGACCAACGCCAGUGCUGGCCUUUUGGCACCAAUUAAUGUGGUGGCCAAUGACGGCACAAGUGGGCUGGGAAACACUGACCCAGUGACCUCCAGCUCCAGAUCAGUGGACAAACGAAAAAUGGCCAACUUAAAGAUCACCCAAGCUCGAUAUCAGCGCGCGAACGAUAUCUUUGUUGGGUCCGAUAGUGAUUAGAAAGACGUUUUGAACUAUGUUGGAAACACAUUUAAUUAACAAUUACUCAAACAUAUUCAUAAGUACAUGUAUAUAUGUAUGUAUAUAUUACAUUGGUUCUAUAUAUGUAUAUAUAAAUUCAAAAAUCUUGCUAUAAGGUUAAGCUAUCAGUCAAUUAAUUAAUUUAGCUUCGCUUAAGAACAAAGAGAAGAGAGGGAAGGCAAUGUUAAAUAAAUAUGACGUCGCGUACGUUGGUCUAAACUAA